AUGACCGACGUCUCGUUCAAAGCGCUCAACCUCCUCAGCCGGGAGCGGGCUGUGUACGGGCUCCGGAAUGGCGAUUAUGAGCGAUACCGCCACCACUGCGCUAACAAGAUCCACCGCCUGCGUCAAGUUACAGGACUAACUAAUGGCAAGGGAAAGCAGUUCAAGAAGGCGCCGGCUGUGACGGCUGAGACGGUGACUGAUGUCCGCCACCUCCACCUCGUCCUCUUCUCCGCCGAGCGCGCUCUCACCUACUCGCACGAGCUCAAGGCGCUCGCGGGCAAGCCCAACGCACCCUCGUCAGCCCGCCGCGAACAGAUCUCGUGGCUGCGCCGCGCACUCAAGCUCGCCUCGUCGCUGCACGACACUGCGAAUACUCUUGCGACCUCGGACCGCCUGAACCAGCGCACGCUCGCGGAACUCACGAUCUACCACCUCAGCGUGCGCGCCGAGCUGUCGUUCGAGCGGGGCGCCUAUGCCGAGGUCCUUUCCGAGCUCGCCGCCCGUCGCCGCUUGCUCGACACGCUUGCCAGUGCCGCGCGUGACUCGUAUGACCAGGCUCUCGCGACCGAGUUCAUCGACGCGUACGACCCACUCAUCCGCUUCAGCGCGUACAAGCUCGGCCGUGCCGAGUCGCACGACAUUGACGGUGUCGUCGCGGACAUCGACGUCGACAUGAUGGAGGAGGCAUCGCCGGGACUCGGCAGGCUCGUCGAGUCGCUCCGUGCUGAGACGGGUGCGGCUGAGCUCGAGGCCGGCCGCCGCACGCUGGCCGACGUCGAGUUCGCCGGCGACAGGGUCGAGUUCCGUAGCGCCGAGCUCGUCGCGGCUAUGAUCAAGGUCCAGGAGGCUCUUGGUCGCCUCACCAAGGGAUCUGGUAAGGCCAUUGGCCGUGGAGGCAUGAAGGGAUGGGACCGCGUUCUCGGUGUCCUCGGCGAGGCUGAGGGUACUGCACGCCACCUCCUCGACGACCACGAGGCGACGGCCAGCAGCACGCUGCGGUCGACCCGCACGACACAGAGUCUGUCGUUCGCACAUCAGUACAUUGUGUUCCUGCUCCUGACCCACCGUAUCCGCCGCGACCUCCUGCUCGUCGACACGAUCGCGUCCUCGCCGAGCAGCUUACCGGCCGACGCGACGGUAUUCAAGGUGCCCGGCGGGCGCGCUAAGCUCGAGGAGGCCGUCAAGGGCCUCGCCGCUGUUAUCAAGCUAUAUGACACGGUGCUGCAGUCGCUGUCGCAAGCGCGCUCUCUCGCUAUCGUGGAAGAGAAGGACGGCGUGCGUCGCGCGGCCGAAGCCGCCGAGGCCUAUUUCACUGCCACGCGCUGCUACAACCUCGCACGCCUGCACUGCGUGCACCCAACGCCGUCGUAUGCAUCGGCCGUGCAGCUCCUGGAGCGUGCGGCUCGGAACGUCGCUAGCGCGCGCGAGGCACUCAAGGAGGGCGGACUGGCGGAGGAGAUUGUCCCCCUGUCCAAGGAGCAGGUGGACGCGCUGGGCGAGAGCGUCGACGCACUUGCGCUUGCGGCCAAGCGCGCUCUGUUCGCACACACCGUCACCAAGCCUGUGUUCUACGACUCGGCGUUCAACUACGUCGACCUGCCGAUGGAGGAGUUACUCGACAAUGCUGGUAAGGGCCUGCCGAAGCUCGCGCCAGCUCCCAUUCCCAUCGCGGCACCAGUGCCCGCCAAGGUGACGCCAUCGUCGCCUGUCAGAGAAAAGCGCGAGGCGACGCCACAGCCCGCCUUCAAGGAAGAGGAGGAGGUGCCGGCGGGCAAGAAGGGCGGCUGGCUCGGGGGUUGGUUUGGCCGUAGCUAG